AUGGCAUUGUACUGUGACGGCAAGUUAGCCGCGGAGGCGAGACAAUAUGAUUUUAAGAUUGCAGCGGGUUUCGUACCCGAAAACUCCAUUUAUUUCCGAAGCGUUCCAGAGAUGGACAAGACAUCGAAGAGCAACAGGCCGAUUGGUGUGAGACUCGACAACCUGGAUGCAGCAAUAGUAGCCGGCAAGCUCGACCAGGCAAUGAACCCCGUCAGGAGAAACUGGGGAGAGGCCAUCAUCGUUGAUAUCAACUUCGCCGGGUAUCCCGACCACUGCAAGGUUGUCGAGACGGUCAAGCUUACCGGCGAGAGCUUUUCGAGGGCGGAACUGGCCCUUAAGGUAAGGAGGAUAGUCGACAAGGCUGUCCAACAAUGUCGAGGCGUCUACACGGUCAUGGUCACAAACCCGGCCACAGAGCCACUCAUCGGCUCUAUGCCGUUGGACGACCCUAUGCCGUUCAACGAUUCUAUACCGUUCACCGGCUUGGACGCCCUAGUGACAAAGGAUUUGUAUCUGAAUCUCUUUAGCCAUUUAGAAGAGCUGCCGCUCUCAGUCUUCCAGGAGCUACCGCUCUCAGACAUCCAGAUGACCUUCAUGGCUCUCAGCAGGCCAAUAGGCCUUGGCGCGACACAAGCAUCUCGUCGAUCAGGACAUGUAUCCUUCAGCGCACAGGUCCGCUACCAGCGCCGACCAGACAGUAGUUUAUUGAUACCGCCAAACCUUUUGAAACUUGGCAGACUUGAACCUUCCAAACUGGCUGAUUACGAGAACCGAGGCACUUCCGAGACGGUGCAAUGA